AAUGGUACUGUCAAAAAUCAAAAUGUUAAAUGUCUAACUUUUGCAUAUUAAUUUCUUAAAACCUGUUUACUGAUAAAAAUUGUAUUUAAUGAAUAAUUGAUUCAAGUGCUAUAUUCCAAAAAUGGAAAAUGUGUGUCCAGCCGCUAAGCAGUCGCUACUUUAUUUUGCUCUAUCUAGCAUAAUGUUUGUUAUAUCUUUUUUCUCGGCUAGCGUUUUAGGCUACACCUCUGAACUAUGGGCGCUCACAUACUGGGGACCGGCUCUUUAUUUUUGCCUACUGAAUUUUAUUCUUCGCUACUUUUUAAAAGGCUUCACAUACGAGGUAGCCACAAGGGCAGCAUUGUUGGGGUCAGUGUUCGCGACAGGACUCUACUUUGCAACCUUUGAUAACAGUUUCCACAUAUUUGGUCUCUAUGCCAUGGCAAUCUCCAUGUUCCACUUCUCUGAGUUUUUUACGGUCGCUCUCACCAAUCCCCAGACCCUUACUGUUGAUUCAUUUAUAUUAAAUCACAGCAGUCAGUACUGGAUAGCUGCUGUGACGAGCUGGCUGGAGGCCGGUGUGGAAUAUUACUUCUUCCCAAGUAUGAAGUCAUAUUUCUGGUUGUCCCAUAUUGGAGUGGUGAUGUGCAUCGUAGGUGAGCUUUUUAGGAAGGUGGCUAUGUUUACAGCCAAGACCAACUUUAACCAUCAUGUCCAAACAGUAAAGAAGCCCGACCACCGGCUGGUGACCAACGGAGUUUACUCUCUGUGUCGUCACCCCAGCUAUGUGGGUUGGUUCUACUGGUCUAUAGGCACCCAGAUAAUCCUUCUCAACCCAGUUUGUGUGGUCAUCUAUACGUUAGUGUCGUGGAUGUUCUUCAAUGAACGUAUCUUUGCCGAGGAGAUGUUCCUCAUCUCGUUCUUUGGGAAGCAGUACUUGGAGUAUCAGAAGAGAGUGAGCACGGGCCUGCCUUUUAUUAAGGGGGUUGUGAUGGACGGAGUCAGCUAGUGGUGGAUUGAAAUGGAGUGCUGGAGGAUAAGGCAGAUGAUAUCUGGCAAAAAAUAACUUGUUUGAGUGAUCGCUCGGCAUUGGAGUGAAGUGAACUCUCGAAGUGAAGAUUAUAAGUGUAAAGUAGCAUGUACUACUCACAUAUUUUCACCAAUUGUAUAUUAUAUUUGUGUCCAAAAAUAUCUGAGUAGCAAAUAAUAUUCAAAAUUAUACUUCCAUAAAAAAAAAUUAUAAAGUUAGGAUUGGUGUCUGUAUUGAAACUAACUAUAUAUUAAAGUAGCUGAACAUUAUAGAAAAUGUCAAGUGGAUGUUUCCAUUAAAUAUGUUAAAUAAAUGAUCCCGUCUCAAUGUAUUAUUGGUAAAAUAAUUUUUGUCUUAAUAAUGCUAUGUAUCAAGUCGUUCUAGUCACUGACAGUCACUCUGUUAUGUGUGUCUGUGUAACGUAAAACCAAUGAGCAUAUAUUCCUUGUACUUGUAGAAGAAAAAAAUGUAUUUGAAUGUGACAUGAGAAUUGUUUUCAUAUAAUAAUUAAUAAACAAAUUAUUAUAGUGCUUAGUGUCUAGUGUGUAGUGUCUACCGGCUCCGUGUUAACUGGGUGUGGUAACACAGUUCAAGCUCUAGGCUCUGGAGGACUAGUAGUGUCUUUUAUAAAACUAUUUGUUUUAUGUAUUUUGCAUUUUGAUGUAUGAAUUAAUGUACUAAUAAUAAUUUUAAUAAAACUUUGACUUCUUCAGAGGUUGUGAUUGCCUUUUAAAAUAAAAUUAUAUCCGAGAA